AUGGAGCCACUUAGUCAUGAGUGUGGCAGCAGUAGAGCCUACACAUUUGCCACUCACCCCAGUGCAGCCAGCAUCCACCUGCCCCUGGAAAGUUCUGACAAGACUCAAGGUGUGUCCUCCCCAGGUUGCCUGAAGGAGGGCCUUACCUCAUCUUCUGUCCUUAGGGCUAAUCUUCAGGACACCCUGGACAGCAUCCAAGAGACCCGGGUCGCGCUCUGGCUUCCGCUGAGCCGCACGAUGUCCUUUAGAGCUGCCUGGAGCUUGGUGCUGAGGAAAGGAGGACUUGGGAUGCGAGGGAUCCACAGCCCAGGAGGCACUGCCCACAGCAAGGAGAAGAUGCCCCCCUACACCAACUACCAUGCCCAGCGCUCCUACCCCAUGCCCGAUGAGCCCUUCUGCACGGAGCUCAGCGCAGAGCAGCAGGCCCUGAAGGAGAAGGAGAAGGGCAGCUGGACGCAGCUGAGCCACGCUGAGAAGGUGGCCCUGUACCGGCUCCAGUUCCAUGAGACCUUCACAGAGAUGAACCGUCGUUCCAACGAAUGGAAGACAGUGAUGGGCUGUGUCUUCUUCUUCUUUGGAUUCACAGGUCUGCUGAUUUGGUGGCAGCGGGUCUAUGUGUUCCCUAAGAAACCCAUCACCCUGACGGAUGAGUGGAAGGCCCAGCAGCUCCAGCGCAUCCUGGACAUGAAGGGCAACCCUGUUCAAGGCCUGGCCUCCCGGUGGGACUAUGAGAGGAAGGAGUGGAAGAAGUGACCCAGCUGCUCACGCUGCAGCUCUGCCCUGGCCCGGAGCCUACGGAGGCCCCUCCCCGCCACUUAACCCCAAUAAAGCUGGCCUGCUCUCA